CGCCGCGCCGCCGGCCCUGAGAGCGCGAUGCCCGGCCCGCCGCGCUCCCGGGCCCGGGUCCCGCCGCUGCUGUUGCCGCUACUGCUGCUUGCGCUGGCGGCCCGCGGGGGUUGCGCCGCGCCCGCGCCUAGCGCCGAGGACCUAAGCCUGGGGGUGGACUGGCUGAGCAGGUUUGGCUACCUGCCCCCGGCGGACCCCACAACCGGGCAGCUGCAGGCGCCAGAGGAGCUGUCCAAGGCCAUUGCAGCCAUGCAGCGGUUUGGGGGUCUAGAGGCCACCGGAGUCCUGGACGAGGCCACCUUGGCGCUGAUGAAAACCCCACGCUGCUCCCUCCCUGACCUCCCCAUGGCCCCAGCUCGAAGGAGGCGCCAGGCUCCGGCCCCCACCAAGUGGAACAAGAGGAACCUGUCUUGGAGGGUCCGCACCUUCCCGAGGGACUCGCCACUGGGCCGCGACACGGUGCGAGCACUCAUGCACUACGCGCUCAAGGUCUGGAGUGACAUCACGCCCCUGAACUUCCACGAGGUGGCAGGCAGCCAGGCCGACAUCCAGAUCGACUUCUCCACCGCCGACCACAAUGACCGCUACCCCUUCGACGGCCCGGGGGGCGCGGUGGCCCACGCCUUCCUCCCCGGCGACCACCACACCGCCGGGGACACCCACUUUGACAACGACGAGUCCUGGACCUUCCGCUCUCCAGAUGCCCACGGCAUUGACCUGUUUGCAGUGGCCGUCCACGAGUUCGGCCACGCCAUCGGGCUGGGCCACGUGGCAGCCCCGCGCUCGGUCAUGCAGCCCUACUACCAGGGCCCGGUGGGCGACCCACUGCAUUACGGGCUCCCCUACGAGGACCGCGUGCGUGUCUGGCAGCUGUACGGCGUGCGGGAGUCCGUGUCCCCCACAGCACAGCCCGAUGCCGAGGAGCCCCCCCUCCUGCCGGAGCCCCCCAACAAUCGGUCCAGCACACCGCCCCGGAAGGACGUGCCUCACCGGUGCAGCACGCACUUUGAUGCCGUGGCCCAGAUUCGUGGCGAGGCCUUCUUCUUCAAAGGCAGGUACUUCUGGCGGCUGACCCGGGACCGGCAGCUGGUGUCCCUGCAGCCGGCACAGGUGCACCGCUUCUGGCGGGGCCUGCCGCUGCAGCUGGACCGCGUGGACGCCGUGUACGAGCGCACCAGCGACCAUCGCAUCGUCUUCUUCAAAGGAGACAGAUACUGGCUGUUUAAGGACAAUAACGUAGAGGAAGGAUUCCCGCGGCCCGUCUCCGACUUCGGCCUCCCGCCAGGUGGCGUCGACGCUGCCUUCUCCUGGGCUCACAAUGACAAGACUUAUUUCUUUAAGGACCAGCUGUACUGGCGCUAUGACGAGCACACACGGCGCAUGGACCCUGGCCACCCUGCCCAGAGCCCCCUGUGGAGGGGUGUCCCCAGCGUGCUGGACGCCGCCAUGCGCUGGUCCGACGGGGCCGCCUACUUCUUCCGCGGCCAGGAGUACUGGAAGGUGCUGGAUGGUGAGCUGGCGGUGGCCCCCGGGUACCCACAGUCCACAGCCCGGGACUGGCUGGUUUGCCGUGACCUGCAGGCCGCCCCCGAGGGCACGGAUGGACAGGCGGGGGCGCAUGCCCGGCCGGGACAGCGUGACCAGAGCCGCUCGGAGGACGGCUACCAGGUGUGCUCCUGCAGCUCCCUGGCCACCCGUCCCCCUGGGGCCUCGGGCCCACUGCUGGCCGUCGUGCUGCUACUGCCGCCGAGCACGCUGUGGACAGCCGCCCAGGCCCUGGCACUCUGACAGCCGGUGCUGGCCUGCGAGAGGACGGGUCACAGCCUGGGGCCACACCAGUGGGACUUGUGGCCCCGCCCCUCCAGCGUCUGACACAAGAACUCCCAGAGAGCUUCGUGCGCAUGGCCUUGGGGACCAGCCUGACUGCCCCCAAGCGCGGCCCGCUCCAGCCUCCCAGGCGGGACAGGCAGCUCCGGGAGCUGCUCCCCGGCCAGUCAGCACUGACGCUGCUGGACACGGGACAAGGGCACCAUCCACCCAGCUUUACUGCCUCUGCCCGCCAUGGCCUGACUGCCAACUGGGAGUCGGGGAGAUGCUGUCACAGCCAGGUGGGGAUGGGAGCUGUCCUUCCGGCCAACGAGAGACUGGAUCACACAAAACCUCAUGGAUGGGCCAGGCGGGCAGGACUGGGGGGUGUUCACUCAGGCCUCCCCCAGCCCCUGGGACCCUGGACACCGCACCCUGGCCGGCACUGCCACCCUCAUUGCGUCCACACUGCCGUCCCUGGUUCCUGGUGCUUCUGCCCUCCCUGGGGGCUUCUGUCCCGGGGCCCCGUGGGCCUGCUUAUUGCCUUGCUCAGGGCAGCCCCCACCACUCAGACGAGCCCCGCUCGCUGGGACCACCACUGGUCUCCCUUGUGACACCUGCAGACAAACACGACCUCCCCCUGCUUUGUAACGGCUCAGGCUCAGCUCCCUGACACACCCCAGGUGGGGGCUGCAGGUAGCCAUGCUUCAGGCCUGGACCCCAGACCCAUCUGCGCUCGGGUGGUGGGGGCUUCUAGGAAGGGCUGUGCAGUGGUCACUCCCUCCCUGGCGUUCACCAGCACCACCUUGAUGACUCCAUGUCCCCCGGGGUCGUUACACCCAUUUCUCAGACAGGUGAGUGGAGGCCAGCUUGGGACAGGCACCACCUGCCUGCAGGCAGGGCCCCCCGCCCCCCCCCCCAC